AAGGCAGGGCCAGGACAGGGUUGCUGUGAAAGCCCUGAGGACCGGGAGGACCUGAAAGGGGGCAAGCAACAUUUUAGGAAGACCAGCUUCCCAUGCAGAGGCACAGAAGAGGGGGCCGAGUUCCUGCACUGAAUCAGCGGCUGUCGCUGCAUGGUGAUCAGCCUCCAUCCUUUGCAAAAUGGAAUGUUCCUGGGAGAGAAACAGGGACUAGACCUCUGGGUGAAAUAAGUAGCCUGUGACUUCAGGUGAUUGUCGAAACUCCCCCGGGAACAAGGCGAAUGGUGUUUUGCUCUGGAGGCCCACGGUUUGGGUCACUUAAGGCAUUUGGAGCAUGAGGUCACCCAGCGCGUGCGCAGGAGGGGGAGGAGGCCUCGCCUCCACGUGCAGCAGCCGGUACCCACCAUGCAAAGCAUCAAGUGUGUGGUGGUGGGCGACGGGGCCGUGGGCAAGACGUGCCUGCUCAUCUGCUACACGACGAACGCCUUCCCCAAGGAGUACAUCCCCACGGUGUUCGACAACUACAGUGCCCAGAGCGCCGUGGACGGGCGCACGGUGAACCUGAACCUGUGGGACACAGCGGGCCAGGAGGAGUACGACCGCCUGCGCACGCUCUCCUACCCGCAGACCAACGUCUUCGUCAUCUGCUUCUCCAUCGCCAGCCCGCCCUCCUAUGAGAAUGUGCGGCACAAGUGGCACCCCGAGGUGUGUCACCACUGCCCCGACGUGCCCAUCCUCCUGGUGGGCACCAAGAAGGACCUGAGAGCCCAGCCCGACACCCUGCGGCGCCUCAAGGAGCAGGGCCAGGCGCCCAUCACGCCCCAGCAGGGCCAGGCGCUGGCCAGGCAGAUCCACGCGGUGCGCUACCUCGAGUGCUCGGCCCUGCAGCAGGACGGCGUCAAAGAAGUGUUCGCCGAGGCUGUCCGGGCCGUGCUCAACCCCACACCCAUCAAGCGCGGCCGGUCCUGUGUCCUCUUGUGACCCCGGCCCUCAGCUCGGAGGCGGCCCCUCCUCCCCCACCGUUGUGCCUUGGCGCCUUGUCUGCCCCCAGCUGUGCCUUAAGGACUAAUUCUGGUGCCCCUUGCCAGGGGGCUCUCCGAAUGCCUUAUUCUCUGAAUGCCUACUUCUCCUGGCGGAGCCCCCGCAGGGAAAGGGGUCUGGGCCCGGCCCCCCUCUGCCUGGGGAGACCAGGUAUUCUCGAGAGCUCACCCAGGCCAAGGUUGGACCCCCUUGCCCUCUGCCCCUACUGACCAGUCCGUCCAGCUUUCCACAGCCGUUGUUGCCUACUGUGGCGCCUCCUCUCGGGGCGGGCGCGCUCGGCCACCCCUAACCUCUUCCUCGCUGCUCUCUGGAACCCUCACCACCCCGACUCUGUCCCUUCCCCAGUGAAGGAGCCACAGAACCCUGAGAUGAAUGUGCCUAACCUGCCUGCCUGUGCCCAGGCCUGAUGCUCCCGCUGACUGACUCAGUCCCCAUCCCACCCCCAGGGCGACCGGGGAGGGGGGCCUUUCCUACCCCCCCCAGCAGCAUCAAUAAAACCUCCUGUCUCCAGUGGCCCG